AUGGCACAAGCAGACAUUGCCCUUAUUGGUUUGGCUGUCAUGGGCCAAAACCUCAUCAUGAAUAUGAACGACCAUGGGUUUGUGGUGUGUGCCUACAACAGAACAGUGUCCAAGGUGCACGACUUCCUCCAGAACGAAGCUAAAGGCUCCAAAGUGAUUGGGGCAGAAUCGCUGGAGGACAUGGUGUCAAAGCUGAAGAAGCCCAGGAGGAUCAUCCUGCUUGUCAAGGCAGGACAGGCUGUGGACGACUUCAUUGACAAACUGGUCCCUCUCCUUGAACCUGGCGAUAUCAUCAUUGAUGGUGGAAACUCUGAAUACAGAGACACAACUCGGCGGUGUAAAAGUCUACAGGAGAAGAAGCUGCUGUUUGUUGGCAGUGGGGUUAGUGGUGGAGAGGAGGGUGCACGGUACGGCCCAUCACUGAUGCCCGGAGGUCACAAAGAGGCCUGGCCACAUAUAAAAGACAUUUUUCAAGGUAUCGCUGCCAAGGUUGGCACACAGCCUUGUUGUGACUGGGUUGGGGAUGAAGGUGCAGGGCAUUUUGUGAAAAUGGUCCACAAUGGUAUUGAAUAUGGAGACAUGCAGCUAAUUUGUGAGGCCUACCAUCUGAUGAAGGAUGUUUUGGGAAUGGACCAUGAUGAGAUGGCACAGGCUUUUGACAGCUGGAACAAAACCGAACUAGACUCUUUCCUCAUUGAAAUUACAGCCAACAUCCUCAAAUACAAAGACUCAGAUGGAAAACCCCUCCUCCCUAAGAUUCGAGACAGUGCUGGACAAAAGGGCACCGGGAAAUGGACAGCUAUUUCAGCUUUGGAGUACGGCACACCUGUUACUCUGAUUGGGGAGGCCGUCUUUGCCAGAUGUCUGUCGUCACUGAAGGAUGAGCGAAUGGAGGCCAGUCGCAGCCUCUCCGGGCCUCAGGGCGUCAAGUUCAAUGGGAACAAGGCAGCUUUCCUGGAGGACAUUAGAAAGGCCCUCUACGCCUCCAAAAUAAUCUCGUACGCACAGGGCUUCAUGCUGCUCAGACAGGCGGCCAAAGAGUUCAGCUGGUCCCUCAACUACGGUGCAAUCGCUCUAAUGUGGAGAGGUGGCUGCAUCAUCCGCAGCGUGUUUUUGGGUAAAAUCAAAGAGGCGUUUGACAGGGACGCCGACCUUCAGAAUCUGCUGCUGGACUCCUUCUUCAGUAAUGCGGUUCAGGAAUGUCAGGAGUCUUGGCGCCGAACAGUCAGCACCGGAGUCCAGCAUGGGAUCCCGAUGCCCUGUUUCACCACCGCUCUGGCCUUCUACGACGGCUACAGACACGAUAUGCUGCCAGCCAACCUCCUCCAGGCCCAGAGAGAUUACUUUGGUGCGCAUACGUAUGAACUUCUGUCAAACCCCGGGCAUUUCAUCCACACAAACUGGACCGGCCACGGUGGAAACGUCUCCUCCUCAUCCUACAACGCCUAG